AAACAAAUAAAAACAUCCCACGAAUAAAUAAAACAAUGAAUGGUUCUUGCUUUACAUUCCUGACUCUCUGUUUUGAUUUGUCAGUGGAAUAAAGAGAAAUAGAAAAUGGGCCCAUCUUCGCCAUGGGCAACGACCUCUUCCUCAUCAACCUCAUACCUCUCCGCCCAUCAUUGCCACGAAGAAUCUCUCUCUCUCUCCCUCUAGAAGAAGAAACAUCUCCUUAGUGUGUCUCUCUUUCAACAAUCUUUACCUUUUUGGUUCUUAGGAAAAAAGAAAAGAAAUAAAUAAAGAAAACCCGGAAGAGGAGAAUUAUAUUCCAAGAAGAGAAACUGAGAACUAGGUUUUUCUUUAUGGGCAUGCAUUUGUAACGUACAAGAGAAAAGAAAGUUGGGUUGUUUUCUUUCAUUUCUCAUUAUAUAGUAAGCUUUUUUCUUCUUUUUUUUGUGCGAGUGUGUGUGUUGUUUGAGAAUAAUGGGUAACUGUUGGUGUAAUUUUGAGCCCUUUAAUCACAAAGUUUCUGCAAACGCUAAAUCAGAGUCACCUAAAGACCAGAGUCCAACACAAGAAGCGACGUAUAUUAAAGAAGUUCAAAAGCUGCCAUCAAACCCAAAAGAAGUAGAAGAUCUAAGACGUGACUCAGCUACGAAUCCUCUGACAGCUUUCACAUACGAUGAGCUUAAGAACAUUACAGGUAACUUCAGACUAGACAAAGUUAUCGGCGGUGGUGGAUUUGGAAGUGUCUACAAAGGUUUUAUUAAAGAGGAAUUAGGUAAUCAAAAAGUUCCUCAACCACUCCCUGUAGCAGUUAAAGUUCACGACGGCGAUAAUAGCUAUCAGGGCCACAGAGAAUGGCUGGCAGAGGUGAUAUUCUUGGGACAGCUUUCACAUCCGAACUUGGUGAAGUUGGUCGGCUAUUGCUGUGAGGAUAAUCACAGGGUGCUAAUCUACGAGUACAUGGCUCGUGGUAGCGUGGAGAACAACCUUUUCUCAAGAGUGUUGCUUCCUCUUUCAUGGGCCAUUAGAAUGAAGAUUGCAUUCGGUGCAGCCAAAGGACUAGCCUUUCUUCAUGAAGCAAAGAAACCAGUCAUAUAUCGCGAUUUCAAAACCUCCAACAUUCUUCUAGAUAUGGAAUACAAUGCGAAGUUAUCUGACUUUGGACUCGCUAAAGACGGUCCUGUAGGAGACAAAUCUCACGUUUCCACACGUAUAAUGGGAACUUACGGCUAUGCAGCUCCUGAAUACAUCAUGACUGGUCAUUUGACACCAGGGAGUGAUGUGUACAGUUUCGGUGUAGUUCUGCUAGAGCUUCUCACAGGGAGAAAAUCAUUAGACAAGUCACGGCCAACGCGUGAGCAAAACCUUAUAGAUUGGGCUCUUCCACUGCUGAAAGAGAAGAAGAAAGUGUUGAACAUUGUAGACCCUAGAAUGAACUGUGAAUACCCUGUUAAGUCGGUUCAAAAGGCUGCAAUGUUAGCUUACCAUUGCCUUAACCGGAACCCUAAGGCUCGGCCUUUAAUGAGGGACAUAGUGGAUUCUUUGGAGCCUCUUCAGGCCACAGAAGAGGAGGCCUUACUUGUCCCCACUGUUCAGAAAGCAGCUAUCACCAUUAUAGACGAAUUGCCUAAGAAUGGGUUGAAGAAAGUUAAAGAACUGAAGAAGGUUGAAGAGUUUAAGGAGGUUGACGAGGUGAAGAAGGUCACUGAAGAUGAUGAUAAUUGAUGUCACAUAGUAUUUGAUCACUUGGUUUCUUUUAAUUUCUUAACGUACAGUUUCAAAAGUAAAAACAAGAUUGUGUUUGUGUGUAUUUUGACAAAAUACGGGUUAAGAGAGCUUUUAACCUAAUUAGGGGUUAUUGGUUGUUGUAUUUUAAUGGAUUUGAAAAUUCGAACUAAAUCUAGUGUUAUUGGUUC